AGGCGAACGUAUCGACAUAAUUAUUACCCGUGACCCAGCAGAUGAUCAGUGUGAUCUUUUGCCCAACUGAACCACACCACUUCACAGUCAAGUAUCCUGAAUGAGAGACGGAGCAACUCCAAACACUUAGGCACCAACCUCAGCCAUGGCAGUGUGUGCCUCCAGACCUGGGAGCAUUUUGGGGCCCAAAGUAUACCCAGAGGCCCCAGACGGGGGCUGGGGGUGGCUGGUGGCUGUGGCCUUCUUCCUAGUGGAGGUUUUCACUUAUGGCACCAUCAAGAGCUUCGGCAUCUUCCUCCAGGACCUGAUGGAGGAGUUUGGGGAGACCAGCAGCCGAGUCUCCUGGAUCGUCUCCAUCUGCGUCUUCAUCAUGACUUUCACUGCUCCUCUUUCGUCUGUGAUGACCAACCGGUUUGGCUUCCAACCUGUGGUUAUGUUUGGAGGAUUACUCAUCAGCACAGGAACCAUCACCACAGCCUUUACCAACUCCAUCAAUCAAAUGUACAUCACCACUGGGAUAGUUGCAGGUCUGGGCUACUGUCUGACCUUCCUGCCCACUGUGACCAUCCUGUCGCAUUAUUUUAACCGGCGACGGCCUCUGGUCACGGCUGUUGCCUCCACUGGAGAGUCCUUCUCCAUGUUUGCCCUGGCACCCACCUUCGCUGCGUUGAGGGACCACAUUGGCUGGCGCCACACCAUGGUGGUGAUCGGAGCGUUGCAAGGCACCAUCGUCAUCUGUGGAACUCUGCUACGGCCGAUCAUUAUCAAGCCCAGAACAGGCCACGACACAGAGACUGACGGAUCGUCUUCAAAGGAACUGGAGGCCCUCAGUGUGCAGGAGACGUUAGAGGGCACAAACUCAGAAGACACAAUUACAAAGGAGAAUUUGUACACCCAAAAGAUCUACAGUCAGGACAAUGAACUAACAACAGAUUCUCUGACCUCUGGAGACUCUGGUGUCCAAUCUUUGAAGGACACAGAUGAAAGCAGCCAAGAGAAGAAGACUUCACUGUAUAAGGAAGAAAGGUUAGAGACUGUUCAGAAUAUUUUGAAAGACAGUGGGACCCACAGAAAAGAACCUGAAAAGGAGGAAAAAAAGUACAGAGACGCAGAGAAGGGAAUGAGGAAAGAAGAUAAAAAGGACGGAGACGAAAUCCUGUCAACAAACAAACAAAAACUUCUAGAUUUUUCCAUUCUCAGAGAGGACAGUUUCAUCUGCUACUCGCUCUUUGGACUUUUCGCCACACUCGGCUUCUUCGCCCCUCAGCUCUACGUCAUUGAGCUGAGCGUGAAUCGAGGUGUGGAGCGGGACCGCGCCACCUACAUGCUCUCCACCAUGGCUGUGGCUGAAAUCUUGGGCCGUUUCUCCAUUGGUUGGGUCAUGACCAGGAGGCAGUUGAGCAAGAGGAAGCUCCAAGUGCUUCUUGUGUGUGUAAUUCUAAUGACUCUGGUCCUGGUGGCCUUCACAAUAGUUUGGGAGUUUUACGGCCUGGCUGUGUGCUGUGCCUUGUACGGGUUCUUCAUGGGAACCAUAGCGAGCACACACAUCCCCUUGCUGGCUGAGGAGGAUGUGGUCAGUAUAAAGAGGAUGUCUUCUGCUGCUGGAGUCUAUGUGUUCAUACAUAGCUUUGCUGGGCUGGCUGGUCCCCCACUGGGAGGUGUCCUGGUGGAUGUUACUCAGAACUACGGCUCAGCGUUCUACUCCUGUGCAGUCGGCAUGGCUCUGGGCGGCCUGUUCCUGGGUUUGGUAAAACCUGCUAAGAAAGGAUUACCCUGCAGGAGGAGGGGGCCAAACUGCCCGGAGGCCUCACAUGCAGGGAAAGGAAACUCUGUGGAACACAUUGGAGGGCAUGAAGAUGACAAAAGAAGAGACAGUACUCCAGACUGUUUGGAAAUAGACAUUAAGACAGACCACAACCAGACAGUGACUACAGGAAAAGGCCUGCAAGUCACAAGCUCUACUUGUGAAAAUGUUGCCUGAAACGUAACAAAAGCGUCAAGCCACAAGAGCUCAUAAGGCAAAGUAAAGACAGCUACUGGCAGAGGGCACAUGGACAAGAUGAAUGGGCUGGACAGACGCAGAAAAACUGAUGCUGGAGGUGUGAGACUAGAUUCCUGAGAAAAUCCUGAGAACUUUUAGAUCACAAUAUGGAUUUAGCAGCUGUACCUUACAUACCUGCUGUCCCAGUGUUUUUCUAGAUUACAGUAUAGCCUUACAGCUGUUCUGUGCCAGUGAAAGCAGUUGAACACUUGAUGUUGCGGAUGAUGGUGUCAAAUAAGGCUGGAGGUAUGAAUCCAUGUAAAGUGGAGCUUCAGUGAUGCAGUGUUUAAGAGAGGUGCCUUAGUUUAAUUCUAAAAGGAGAAGUAACAAGAAGAAACUUGAUGAACUCACUUUCUGUUAAUGGUCAAUACUAUGAUGCUAGUCAGACAAACUGUUUAGUUUGUGUAGCUAGGUAACAAGAAAUUGCACUGAUCCUCUAACAUGAAAUCUACAGAAGACAGAAUAUACAUACAGCUCAGGAGAUACUAUAUAUGAUCAGAAGUGUUUUCUUUUUAAUUUAACUGUCAUUAAGUUAACAUUUCACUGUAUCAGAUAUGUCAGUUGAAAUUUUACAGUCACAAAAAAUAUUUUUGUAAUGAAAAAUGUGCCGAAUCACAAUAAAGCAACAAAGUGUUAAUUGGAA